CAUACAAGAGUCAUAUGUAGUGCUGAAUGCUGCGCAGUCUGCAAUAGUUGUAGGUGUAGUAAGGAACUUAAAAGUCGCUUCAGGGUAAAAUCGGGUAAGGGAUUUGAGUACAUAAUGCAUUGUAAAAAUGCACUUCGCGGAUGCAAAAGUUUUCAGAUCUGGUGUUGGUUUUGAUGGUGUUUGUGUGGCUGGUCAGAGACCAGGUCUCGGCCCUCAGACCCAUCUGUGACCUGCGUGUUCUGGACCACUUUGUAAGAGAAGCUCAAGAUUCUGAGAUCAUCAUGCAUGGUUGCAGAGUGGACUGUGGUGUGACGAAAUCCUACUUUGUUCCUAUGACUAGUGUUGACUUUGCUGUUUGGGAACAGACAGACGUUCAGGAACAGGCUGCAGAGGUGCAGACCGGACUGUCUUUGCUGGUCCAGGCUCUGAGUUCAGCGAGACAUACUGUGAUCAGCUCGCCUCUUGCUAGCACACUGGAUAACAACAUCAGUAACAUGCACAGCCUCGGCCAGAUCCUGCACAGCCUUCACUUACAGCAGGCCAAGUCUUCAGUUCUUCCAAAUGAUUCAGCUCUUAACAGCACACAGAUACAGGAGAUCUCCUCUCUCCCGGAACUUCUGCGGGUGCAGAGCAGUUUCCUGCGAGGGAAAGUCAGACUCCUGCUUUCAGCUGCGCCAGCCUGCCAAAAGCAAAAUGGCUGAAAUGGACUGAUAAACUGUUUACAAUGUACCAACGUCAAGCACAUUCACGCAUGUACACAAACACACCCGGACAAGCACACUUAAUUAUGCCACAUUCUCAAAAGUUUCUGGGUGUGUCACUUUCUAAACGGUCUUCUUGACUUGUUAGUUCAUUUUCUCAGCAUUCCAGAGCCUGCAGCCUUUUUUUUUAGUGCUGGUGUUUGGCAGAGCUUGUAUGCUGUGGCGUAGAGAGUAGAUGGUCUACAGAAUGAAGCAAAACGGUAGUGACACCCUGACCUGCUCGACAAGGCAAACAUGGCAAAAGAAACUGUGGAGGAAUACAUCUGAGCCUACAAGUGGACUAGAGUUAGCGCAAAGGCUCAUAGCGAUUGGGCAAACAGCUUGUCUGGGUAUAUCCAGCCACCUUGACUAUCAUUCAUCUUUGGAGCACUAUUAUUUAAUUAUCUUUGAAUAUAUAUAGUUACGUUUUUGUACAAAUCCGUACAUUUUGCUGCAAUAUUUGAACUAUGUUGUCAGUUUUAAGCUACGUGCAAUCUGUGUACGCAUGCUUAGAGGGUGUUCACACAGGACAUGUUUUUGUGUUCCGUCUGUGCUACUUUUUAAUUGUUGGUCUAUUUACACAUGUGAUUCUCACGUAAUCUAUCAAGAAAAUGUCCUGGUCCUGUUUUACUCUGAAAUCAAAACAAACAAAUAUUUAUAAUUGUUGUAUAUUUAUAUAUACAUUUUAUUUUGCAAGUAGAAAAUUAAGUCUAUUUUUGUAAUAUUUUUUAGGUUGUGAUAUUAUUUUCAUGACCGCUAUGCAAGGGCAUAGAUUUGGCUUGAAAAAUACGGUUAUCAUAAUACUCUCAUUACCACAACGUCUCUCAUCACAGUCGUACUUCCUUGGUACUGCCUUUCACUUUCAAUGAUUUUAAUGUAAUACAUUAAAAAAUGUAUGCGUUACAGUAAUGAGAAUAACAUUUAAAAAAAAUGGCACUAGUAAAACAUUUGGACCCUGCAUAAUGAGAAUUUAGGGGUUUAUGUGCUUAAGUGUCCAGAAAAUAAUUUGUCACAAUGCUUGUCAUGUUGACUCUGCAAUCAGUUUAACAAAAAUACAUAUAGAGACCCCUC